ACUAAGGUACCCUUUUCAGAGAAGGAUAGAACAGAUCAGCCUGCUAGUCUUUAUGCUGCAACUAAAAAGGCUGGUGAGGAAAUUGCUCAUACAUAUAAUCAUAUAUAUGGGCUUUCAUUAACUGGAUUGAGAUUUUUCACCGUUUACGGACCGUGGGGUAGGCCAGACAUGGCUUACUUCUUUUUCACAAGGGAUAUCUUGAAGGGAAAAUCGAUUCCUAUAUUCGAGGCUGCUAAUCAUGGCACGGUAGCUAGGGAUUUUACCUACAUUGAUGAUAUAGUGAAGGGAUGUUUGGCAGCAUUGGAUACUGCUGAGAAGAGCACUGGAAGUGGCGGGAAGAAGAAAGGCGCUGCUCAACUGCGGGUGUUCAAUUUAGGCAACACAUCUCCUGUGCCAGUUUCAGAUCUUGUCAGCAUUUUGGAGAGGUUGCUAAAGGUUAAGGCCAAGAGAUUGGUGAUGAAGUUGCCAAGGAAUGGAGAUGUGCCAUUUACUCAUGCCAAUAUAAGUUCAGCCCACAAGGAGCUUGGAUAUAAGCCUACGACGGAUCUACAGACGGGAUUGAAGAAAUUUGUUCGAUGGUAUCUCAAUUACUAUGGUAAUGGAAAGAAGAGUGCCCAGUGAUACAUUCUUUGAAUUGUGCGGUAGGAUCAUUCAAUUCUUGUUCAUUUUGAUUCUAUGAUUGUUUUUUAACACAUAUUCGAUCGAUUGCCCCACUUUCUUGCUUUCUAAAUCUUGAUGAUGCCAUAUAUGGAGCACAUCAGAUCCCUCUGAUGAUGAAGUUUUGUGCUGGGCAAUUUGAUCUGUGUCAAAUGGAACCUGAAACCAACUUUUAUUACUUUUGGAAUGUAAUUGUUGUAGUUUGUUCAAUUUAGGAUUCACGACUGAUAGACCACUGCUGAUUGAUGGACAGCGGAUGUAUCAUCUUUAUUAAGUUCUAAUAAGAGUAGCACAUGAUAGUUCCACAUUUGAUUUCUUGCAUAGAUUUGUUUGGUUAGGACAUUUCUGAGAUCAUCCUUUUACAUGAAUGUUGAGGUUGUAUAUUUCUUAUUUUGGCGGUUAAACAAGAUUCUGUACUUUGUGAUUCA